ACUAUCUUUGUAUUGUUUACUCGAAGCCCCAGUCAGUCUCUGGACUGGCACCGUCUCUCCUCCCUCCCAAUGAUUUUUAUUUCAAACCUCAGCCAUGUGAGCACUACAGAGAAUUCGGACCAGAUUCAUGUAUCUUGUUCCCCUGUGAAAUGGAAUUGGAUCUUCGGAAAGGGAAAUGCUUGUUGAUCUUGAGCUUUGGAGCAUGAAAUGAGCCUUCUUUGUGAGUUCUUCUUCCUUUUCUUCUAUUUUUUCUGCUUCAGUGGUGAAGAAAGGCAGAGCUGUAGCAACUGAUGGAUGAAUCAGCUUCUCAUUCCUCGGAACCAUGCACAUCUACGCUGACCAUUAGAAUAGCAGGGCCUUCAUCGGAGAUCGGAGAGAAAUCUGUCCCAAUCUCUCCGUCCAUCUCUCUCUCCCCGCACUUGAACUCACCUUCUCCGCCAUCGUCUGCAUUCGUUUCGGCUCUGCAAUCUCCGUAUAUUUCUCCGAGAGCGUUGGAACCUCCAAAUGGGACUAACAGCUACUCCACCACAGCUACGAUGCCGUCGACGACCACAUCAAACUCAGCUUUGCAUUCCGAUGACAUCCCGAGCACUUCCUACACUCCUCCUUCGGAAAGUUCUGAUUUUGUCGCAGACCAAAUCGAGCAGAAGCAUAAGUUUUCCGACGCCAUGUUGCCUCGCAUAUCGUUCUCCUUCCCGGUUCCACGCACCUCGCUCACAAGAGGCUCGGUGUCUCCUCCUUCCAACCUGAAGCUCCAUGGCUGUGAUGUCUAUAUUGGUUACAACGGAAACAACCACGUACUCGUUCGCUUCUGUAAGUGGCUGAAGACCGAGCUUGAGCUCCAGGGAAUAGCAUCGUUUGUUGCUGACCGGGCAAAGUACUCGGAUUCUCAGAGCCAUGAAAUCGCAGACCGGAUAAUAUGCUCUGCCGCCUUCGGCGUCAUCGUGGUGACUCCAUCGAGCUUUCUAAAUCGUCUCAGUGUCGAGGAAAUCAGGUUCUUUGCUCAGAAGAAAAAUUUGAUUUCAGUUCUGUUCGACACCGAGCUCUCUGAGAUCGUUAGCCUUUCAAAUGAGAGGUUGGAGGGUAAAGAAAGCAGAGAAGCAUUGGAAGGUUUUACCAAGUGCAAUGAGUUCAAGAUUGAAACAAAUGGUAGCAAUUGGAGAAGCUGCAUAUCCAAGGUUGUGGCCGUUCUAAAAUCAAGGCUUGGAAGGAGGAGCAUUGCAGAGGUAGAAACUGAAACUUUUGAAGAAUUGCUCUUUCCUCGAAAUGGCCAUUUUGUGGGUAGAGAGAAGGAGGUGGCAGAGAUUGAAGCUGCUUUCUUUGGGUGCGUCGAAGCUCAUGAAAUGGAAUGCCCGAAGCCUUCCCUGACGAGGGGCAGCUCAAGUGAUGGAUUCGCCGACGAGGAGAUUGAUACAGUGAGAACAAGUAAAAAGUAUAUUAGUUUGGAGAUGAGGAAGAGCAAAGAGCCUACUUUAGAGGCAUGGAUUGAACCAGUUAUUGAACUAGCAAGCAAAGGAAGAAGCCUUCAGAAGCAGCGAUCGAAGCACAAGAAAUCGCGAUGCGGUGCUAACAAAGGCCAUGGAAAUGCUAGUGUGUUCUGUGUCAAUGGGAGCUCGGGCAUUGGUAAAACAGAGCUUGCCUUGGAAUUUGCCUACAGGUAUGCUCAGAGAUACAGGAUGGUGCUGUGGAUCGGUGGUGAAACAAGGUACUUGAGGCAAAACAUCUUGAACUUAUCUUUGAAAUUAGGAUUGGACCUCAGUGCAGAGGCAGAGAAGGAAAGAGGGAGGAUAAGGAGCUUCGAUGAACAAGAGUUCGACGCAUUCCUGCGGGUAAAGAGGGAGCUCUUCAGAGAUAUCCCUUACUUGCUGGUUAUCGACAAUCUUGAGACGGAGAAAGAAUGGUGGGAAGGCAAAGAUUUGCAUGAUCUCAUUCCAAGGAACACUGGCGCUACCCAUGUCAUCAUUACCACUAGGCUAUCCAAGGUCAUGAGCUUCGAACCCAUGCAACUUCCGCUGCUCUCACUCGCAGAUUCGCUACUGCUCCUCAAAGGGAGGAGGAAGAAGGACUACAGCAGUGAGGAAAGUCAAGUGUUGAAGAAAUUUGUUGAGAGAAUGGAGAGAUUGAGCUUCGGGAUGUCUGUAGUCGGUUCACUUCUUUCAGAGCUUCCCAUUUCACCGUCGGAACUUCUUGAAACAAUCGAUAGGAUCUCUGUGAACGAUGGCAAUGAGGAUGGUUUGUGGAGGAGCAGCAUUUUCUUGAUGAAAACCCUGGCGUUCUGCUUCGCAGUGGUGGAUCAAGCGGCGGGAAGAAGCCUUGCGUCGAGAAUGGCCCAAACUGGUGCAUGGUUUGCUUCCGUUCCAGUUUCUUCAACUCUGUUAGCGGCUGCCUCCGACAACCUGCCUACAAAAGGAAGCUUUUGUCAAUGGGGGAAAGAUCUCACUGACGUGUUCCUUUGCGGUACCAGGUGCUGUUUAGCAGCAAGUCAAGCAAGAAAGACAGAAGUAGACUCCGCUAUGCUGCUAGUAAAUCUCGGCCUGGCAAAGAGAAGCAUGAGACAGCCAGGUUGCUGGAUCCAACUCCAUCCAAUCACCCAAGUGUUUGCCAAAAGGAAAGGCGGGCUGCCGCCGGCGAAGGCUGCUGUGCACGGAGCCAUGAGGGCUGGCAAUGCUGCAAUGAACUUGGAUCACCUGUGGGCUUCAGCAUUCCUAGUCUUCGGCUUCAAACAAGAGCCACCUCUCGUGCAGCUUAGUGCACUGGACAUGGCCUUCUUUAUCAGAAAGACUGCACUUCCUUUGGCAAUCAGAUCCUUCAUGACGUUCUCAAGGUGCAAUUCAACCCUGGAGCUGCUGAAGGUGUGCACGAACGCGCUUGAAGAAGCAGAGAAAUCGUUCGUCUCUCAGAUACAGGAUUGGCACCGAGGCAGAUUGUGCUGGACGAAGAAGCUUCAGUUCAACCAGAAGGUGGACGAGUAUGUUUGGCAGGAUGUGACAUUGCUGAAAGCCACAUUGCUCGAGACCAGAGCUAAGUUGCUGCUGAGAGGAGGGCACUUCGAUGAAGGGGAAGAACUCUGUAGGACUUGUGUUAGUAUUAGGACCGUGAUGCUAGGCCAUAACCAUGCUCAGACCUUGGCUGCUCAGGAAACACUGGCUAAGUUGGUCAGAUUCCGGCGAAAAAUGUGAUGUAAGAACAUGUAACGCAUGUAUCUAUCACGUUGAGUGAUGUAUUUAAUCUUUGUAUCCGUUUUGAGCAGUGGAAAGAGUAGAUCAGGAUUGUGACUGAUAACAA